AUGGGUUGCAUGCAUGCUCCCGAGAAGGGCCUGUCCCAUUUGGCUUUGUCCUAUCACUGCAGUGUCCCCACUUGGCUGAAGUUUACAUCUGAUGACAGGAAGGAGCAGAUUUAUAGACUGGCCAAGAAGGGCCUGACUCCUCCACAAAUUGGUGUGAUCCUGAGAGAUUCACAUGGUGUUGCACAAGUAUGUUUUGUGACAGGCAAUAAAAUCUUAAGAAUUCUUAAGUCUGAGGGACUUGCUCCUGGUCUCCCUGAAGAUCUCUACCAUUUAAUUAAGAAAGCAGCUGCCAUUGAAAAACAUCUUGAGAGGAACAGAAAGGAUAAGGAUGCUAAAUUUUGUGUGGUUCUGAUAGAGAGCUGGAUUCAGUAUUUGGCUCGAUUUUAAAAGACCAAGCAAGUCCCCACUCCCCAUUGGAAAUAUGAAUCAUCUACGGCCUCUGUCCUGGUCACAAAAAU